UUUCGCUUCCCGUUUCUGCCACCAGUAUCAGCUGACUUCCCACCUGAUACCAACAGCGGCGAGCGUGCGGGUCUCUGGCUCUUCUAUCGCUUUUAAUUGUAUUAAUUUUACUCUCUGUGUGAAAAUAUAUCGGGGGCUAUGUUCAAACACUACAACAGUGCUUGACCGGCAUGGAGAGCCUCGGUGACAAGGGGCAGAAUGAGGCGCACUGUCAGUGGGCCCUGUGCUCCCAUCCGUGCUGUUGGGAGGCUGAGCAGGGCAUUGCUAAAGGCAUUUAUAGCGGAACUGUGAAGAAACCCACUGAACAAUGCACUGCUGUCCAUGAAAGUUUUCCGUCUCUGACCGUGGUCAAUGCUUCAGAAUGGACUGGCUUGAGGAGGCAUUCUGAAGAAAAGCUGUUUUAUAAAACAGUCAGUCCAGACAGCUCAGUAUCUGAAGGAUCUCUGCACAGUAUUACCUGUACUCCAGUACUUCCACAGAAAGUGUCCACACAGAGGUUUAAAAGUGCAGAAUCAGCCUUCAGCUCAGUAUAUCCAGCAGCACAACCUACAGCUGCAAAAGGAGUAAAAUUAAACAAAGCUCAUAUCAGCCCUGAUCUAAAUGGCUCAGACUCACCACUGGGAACGUCUUCUCUGGUUUUAUGGGUCCCAAACCCACACUAUACACCUCAGUGUCUUAAAAAAAGAUCAAACCUUCCACAAUGUGCAGUGAAGGAGUUAAUCUGCCUUCCUGCUUGUCCAGUGCAGAAUGCUUCUGAAGAGAAAAAAAAGCUCAAGAGUGUGAAGAAGAUGGUGAGCUUUCAGCAAGCCUGUUCACCCCUAAAUAAAGCCAGGCUGACAUUUUCAUGCCAGCCUGAUUCAGCCUCAAACCAGAGCCGCAGCGGAGAAGGGCAAAGGUUUGACAACAGGGGGGCAAACACAGGACCCUCAUCAGCAACCUUGGAGAACAGAGUGAAUCCAAAAGAAGGAAAGAAGAGUCCAUUGAUUUUAAGGAAUAGACCUGUGCUCCUCCACGCCAAGCGAGAACGAGGGGGGAAGAGAGUGAGCAUGGAUGCCCUGAAAUCUCCCUACAAAUUGGACAGCGAGACAGGUGGAGAGAGUAUAGAAUGGGACCGGUUGAGGAGGCAGGCCUGCCUGUGGAAGAGGCAUAAUUCCCUUCAGCACAAAGACUGCAGUGUCUCAGGUGAUCCUCCAGGGGGAGCCAGUGUACUUCUGGUAGACAGUGGUUUGUGUCCUGUUUCUUCAGUGAGAUCACAUCACAACCUCCAGAGCCCACUGUCUGUAGCUCCUGCUGCAUGGCACUGUACAAAAGGCAUUUGGCACUAUCAGAAAAGCAGCCAGCCACCACUGUCUCACAGCAAGUACCUCCACAGCACAGCUUCAGAGGCUGAGGCACUCUCCACUGACUGCAGUAGCUCUACUGUCGCAGACCACAGAGCCUCUAUACAGAUGCCAGGCACAGAUGAAAAGAGUGUGAAAGAGAAAGGCAUUAAAGGCAUCAUCACUCUGACUAACUCACUGCUCCACUGCCAGCAAUCAAACCAGGAGCACCCCGACAAUAUGAGUAAGCGUUCAGUGGUCAAGGUUGAUGACAACUUCCCAGAGAAGUUAAACCACAGUUCAAAAAGCAGCUUGACACUCGUCACUGGAGCAGAGGAACCCUGGAGUGAAAGCAGCUCCACUGAGAAAGGACCAGAACCCAAAGCCUACCAAGUGUGCACUCCCCCACCCAGCCUCAGCUCACUGUAAAACACAUAGACACACACACACACUUUUUUUGAUUAAAUCAUGCAGAAUGAAAAUAAAUAAGUUAAUUAUC